AUGAUACCAGAUGAGGGGACAAGGCACAUGGAGAAAUUUCUAAAAAGUUCUAGCGGCAGAGGGAAGGCUCGACCCAAAAGAGCGGUGGAACAGUCCAGUGGGGCACAAGGGAGAAACGAAAAGACACAAGAUACUACAGAUUCGUUGGAUGAAGCUGAAUUUGAUUUCGGAAGUCGUUUUGUCUCCGAGGAUGCAGCGAGGAGUUCAGAUUCUGAUGGAUUUCUUUUAGAGCUUGACGAAGAGAAAGAUUUUACUCCUGGGAGGGAUGAAAAAUUGGAUGAUGAAAAAUUUGAUGAAAAAUUGGAUGUUCAUCAAACGCCGGAAAAAGCGAAACGGCCUCGUUCAAGAGCGAUUGAAACCAAACAGGCAAAACGGCGUAAAAUCUCUCCGCUCCAAUCCAGCUCGAUGAAAUGGAAUGAUUGCAAUGAAAUUGAAAAUGAGCUGAGAUUGUUUGAUUUAGAAUUAAAGUUUGGACCUUGUAUUGGUAUCACUCGACUCCAUCGAUUUAGACGAGCGGAGAAAUUCGGACUCGAUCCUCCAAUUAGGAUUUUGGAAUUGAUCCUUUCAAAUCCUCCUCCCGAAGA